AUGGAUGCGAAGGUCAUCCUUGGACUCAAAGUGAAAAACGCGAAGAUGAUACGCGACCUCGGAAAGCAGAACCAAGACCUGAACCGUUUAAUUCCCGAAGAGCCCAAAUGGGUAGAAUCCGCAGUGCAUCCGCAGCAUACGAUGAAUGAAUUUGGACCAUCGCGGGAUUCUGUGCCCUCACUUCAUGACGACCAAGACAUGAAACGCUCGGUCCUCGAAGAACCCAAAUGGGUAGAAUCCGCAGUCAAUCCGCAACACAUGAUGAACAACUUUGGACCGUCGUGGGAUUCUAUGCCCUCACAUCAUGACGACCUGCUCAAGCAGUCUCAGGAACAAAAUGGACGGCUGGUCAUGUUUAAGGGAUUCCAAGAACAAAAUGCACAGCUAAGGUAUACGAUAAAGCAACAGGAAAAGAUCAUUCUCAACCUCGCCCAAUACCAGGAAGAAGCCACGGCCCAGCUUGAGCAACACACAGCAAGAGUUGUAUACACGCUCAAGGAACAAAACAAGAAGAUUGCCGGCCUCGAGUGCGAAAAGGUAGAGCUGGUUCGUGAUCUCAAGGAACAAACCAGAAUAGCAUAUGCGCUUGAAAAGCGAGAUAGGAAGAUGAGAAAAAUCUUCGGUGACACUGCCAGCAUAAUGUUCUUAGAGCUCGAGUAUCGAGAAGAACUGAUCAGCAAGAUGGCACCGAACGAUGGGGAGUUUUUCCAGCCAACCCACGAGACUCUAGUUGACUUGGUUGAAAACAUCGAACAAUGGACAGCAGACGACGAGCAUUCAGAUAUGAUGUUCAAUCUUGAGCAUACGCCGCCGUCUGAACAGCUAUAUGAGGAGCUGUUGUCUCGGUUUGACGAACAAUCAUACCAGCUCAAGAUACAGGAAAUAAAGCUCGAUAGACAGAAAAGCAUUAUUGAUGAACAAACGAGCAUUAUCUCCGAACUCAAUGCGCAGAAACGAAAAAUGGCGAGUGAUCUUGAGGAACAAAAUGGAAAGCUGGCUUUGAUCCUUGAACAUUUGCAAGGAAAUGACGAGAAAGGCACUUCUCAUCUCCUCGACCGGAUACUGGUAUAUAAAGCCGAGCAGCAUGCCCUGUUUGAGAAACCGUGGGUAUAA